AUGGAAGCGAUUGAGGGGUCUUAUCGCGUAUGCGCGGGGAAGACCAGCAUCGCGCAGGAUGUCGCAUACUACACACGGAACACGGAUAUGGAGGAGAAAUUGCUCGACGAGGUCUGGACCACUUUAUCAACUAAGCUGGCGGGCUUUUGCCGGUCAGAUAACUGGGUGCACCAAAAACGACAUUUGGUCACCGGAUUGAGUUCUCACUUUGCGACUCGCUUGCCAGAGCCACCGUCGUACGACCAGCCUCCGCCUUCCUACGACGAUGUGAUCCAUGACCUCCCUCCCGAAUAUUCCGCACUGCCUCCACUCGCGCAGCGCAAAUCAACUACUAUUUCCCUUACGCCACAGACUCAUCAAAAAUCGCAUAAACCGUCAUCCUCGUUGCUGAAAGAUCGCAUGCUGGAUGUUCGGAUCGAUUUUGAGAAUCCUACCGGUGUUCGGGAACAUAAAAAGAAAAAACCCGCGGGAGGAAAGAAAGCAGCGCCGCCUCCUUCUCCUUCUCCACCUCCGCCGCCCCCACCGGCAGGCGGAGCUGAUGGAGGUGACGGCAAUUCCAACGGCGAUGCUGGGGCUGGCGGAGAUUCAGGCGGCGCUGGAGGAGGCGAUGGGGGAGAUGGCGGCGACGAUUGGAACGCAUGGAAUGUAAGCGGAAAGAAGGAUAAGAAGAAGAAACUGGAAGAGGAAGAGGAAGAGAGAAAAGCCAAAGAAGAGGAAGAAAGAAAAGCCAAAGAAGAGGAAGAGAGACAAGCCAAGGAGGAGGAGGAACGAAAGGCCGUUGAAGCUUCUGCUGCCAAAGAUCUUAGCUGGGCUGAGGAUGACGGUGGGGGCGGGGGCGAUGACUCGUGGGCUGCCUUCACCAAUGUAGGAAAAAAGAAGAAAGGAAAGGGCGAAAUUGCACCCCCUGGGGGGUUCCAGGACAUAAGUCUGGAUAACGGAGCACCGCAAUUGGACUUGAACUUCGAUAGUCCGGCUCCCAAGACUGGCGGAACUGGCUUUAGCUUCGGAGGGUGGGGCAAGGACUGGAAUACCGGUAGUAAGCUUGAUCCUCUUGGAGAUCCUCCUCCCAACGACACAUCUAAAGACAACAACCCCUGGGGAGCACCCUCCAAGAAGACUGGCGACUUUGAUUUUGACUUGGGAUCCGCACCCGCCGAACCUAAGCAAGAAGAUGACUGGGGAGGAGGGUGGGAUGUGAGCAAAGACAAAAACGGGAUGGAGCCCGUACCUGAGGCUCCUGCACCUCCACCUGCGCCUGCACCCAGGGUCGAUUUCACACAGGAAGCCUGGUAUCUAAAUCUUUCCAAGAAAGAGCAGCGUAAAGCGAAGAAGGAGAUGGAGAAGAAAUACAAAGACGAGGACGAAGCUGCAGCAAAGCUGGCAGCAGAGCAGGAGGCAUCAGCAAAGGAGGCAGCGGAGCAAGAAGCAGCUAAGGUUGCGGCGGAGGCUGAGGCUGAGGCAGCGGCAGUAGCUGCGGCUGUACCCGAACCGGUAGUUGAGGAGACUGAUAAACCACCCGAGGCAGAUACUGACUGGGGUUGGGGCGUUCCAGUGAAGACCAAAGACAAGAAGAAGAAAAAGAAGAUUGACCUUUUAGCCGACCCGGAGCCUAUUAUCGAUGAACCACCGGCGAAAGCAACAGAGCCAGUUGAUGCUUUUUCUGCUUGGGGUGUUUCCUCAAAAGAGAAGAAGAAAAGCAAAGGCAAGGCCGAGCCAGUACCUGAGCUAGAACUCAUUCCGGAACCUGAACCUGAACCCGAGCCAGAGCCAGAGCCAGAACCAGAGCCAGAACCAGAACCAGAACCAGAGCCCGAGCCCGAACCCGAACCAGAGCCGCCAAAGGUACCAGAUGAGCCUCUGUACGCGAAUUGGCGUGAGAUAUCGUCCAAAGAACGCAAGAAGCGAGAGAAGCUAUUAGUGCGCAGGGGCCUUCCGAUUCCCGGCAAGGAUUUCGAGCUGCCGUCAGAUCAGCCACCCGAAGAAGUGCCUGAACCGGUUGUCGAACCGGAGCCGGAACCAGCGCCUGAACCCGAACCAGAACCAGAACCAGAACCUGAGCCUGAGCCUGAGCCAGAGCCAGAGCCAGUACCAGAGCCCGAGCCUGAACCAGAGAGACCAGCCGAAGAGGAAUCCUGGGGCAUCUGGGGGCCAGCAAAGGACAAGAAAAAGAAGAAGAAGAGCAAGGAUAUCGAAGAACCUCCCCCACGCGCGCCGACACCUCCUUCUCAGGGCUUGACCCCAGAGCCGGAAGCUUUUUACGACAAUACCGACGACAUUUGGGCGGAACUAGCCCCUAAGACCUCCAAGGGUGCAAAGAAGACCCCGAAAGCCAUCGAAGCCCCCAAAGAGGAAAAGCCUUCUAAAGGCUUCUGGUCAACACUGACUGGGGGCUCUACGAGCAAAAGUAAAUCAACGAAGAAGGCGAAAGAAGAAGAACCCGAACCUAUAGAAGAGGAAGACUUGCUUAUUGAUGUUGGCGACAAGCCCCCAGCGCCUGAACCGGAGCCUGAGCCUGAGCCUGAGCCAGAACCAGAACCAGAGCCAGAACCAGAGCCAGAGCCAGAACCAGAACCGGUCCCUGAACCCGAACCUGAGCCUCCUGUCCCCGAAAAGAUAUCUAAGUCUAAGACAUCCAAGCUCAGUGUUGCCGAACGCAUCAAGGCCUUGGAGCAGGCCAAGAAGGAGAAGGCAAAGGCAGAGAAAGCUAGCGCGAAGAGCAAAUCCAAGGAAAACAAGGCCGAACCGGAACCCGCCCCAGAGCCAGAGCCAGCGCCAGCGCCAGAGCCUGAACCUUCUGUAGAGGAGCCCGCUCCAACGAAGAGCUCAAAAUCCAAGUCUAAGAAAGCGGAAGGUCUUGAUUUUGAAGAAAGGAAAGUCUCCAAGGACUCUAUUCCCGGAAGCUUCCCGGACUUUGGAGAUGAUCCCGAGCCUGAACCUGAACCUGAACCUGAACCUGAACCCGAGCCAGAGCCAGAGCCUGAGCCCAAACUAGAGCCUGAGCCUGAGCCCGAACCUGAGCCGGAACCGGAGCCACCCGCCCCGGACCUUUCAAAAAUGACGAAAAAGGAACUCAAGAAGUAUAAAAAGGCCGAAGCGGAGAAAGCCGCAGCGGCAGCGGCAGCGGCAGCGGCUGCCAGGGAGCCAACUCCACCACCCCCAGAGCCAGAACCGGAGCCAAUAGUUGAACCUGAGCCCGAGCCCGAGCCGGCACCAGAACCAGUGCCUGAGCCUGAACCCGAGCCUGAACCGGAACCGGAGCCACCCGCCCCGGAUCUUUCAAAAAUGACGAAAAAGGAACUCAAGAAGUAUAAAAAGGCCGAAGCUGAGAAAGCCGCAGCGGCAGCGGCAGCGGCUGCCAGGGAGCCAACCCCACCACCUCCAGAGCCAGAACCAGAGCCAAUAGUUGAACCUGAACCUGAACCUGAGCCUGAGCCUGAGCCUGAACCCGAGGCCGAACCAGACACAGAGCCCGUACCCGAGGAGCCAGAAGUGAAGGGCGAAGGUGCUCCCCCAAUACCUCCACCCGAGCCUGCCGAAGAGCCUCCGAAACCCUCCAAGAAGGACCGAGCGCGAGCUGAACGGAAUACGAACACCUCUUCAUGGGGUGGCUUUUGGGGCGCCGCGCCGCCCCCAAAGAAGUCUAGUAAGAAGGAAAGCAAGGUCCAAGAGGAUGCAGAACCUCCAAAGAAGUUGAAGAAGGAACCCAAGAUCCAAGAGGAAGUGGAGCCUCCAAAGAAGUUGAAGAAGGAACCCAAAAUCCCAGAGGAAGUAGAAUCUCCCAAGAAAAAAGAGUCUACUCGAAAACCUCGAGCUAAAGAACACGAGCCAGAAGUGGAAAGGUCUUCUGCGUCUGACCGGGAGAAGCGGCGAGAACGAGAGGGGCGAUCCUCCAAGAACCAACGUGGCGUGGCUUUGGCCAACAUGGUACUGGGUACACCCCAGUCCAAAAGCAAAUCAACUCGCAAACCUGCUUCCUCGUCCAAACCAAUAUCUAGGCGUCCGUCAUUUGAUAUAGAUGACAAACUGACUGAUCCAGCACCUCCCGACGAGAAGCCUGAGGUUUCUGAUAAAGCAGCCAAGUUGAUGGGCAUGGAUGCUUCCAAGUCUCGACGUGAGCGACCGCGCACGGACAGGCGGAAGUCAGUCCGGGAUCCAUAUGCGAUCGAGGAUGAUGACCUUGUUAUGGUUGACAUGGAGGAUGCCGAGGGUCACUCACCUAGGGAGGGAUCUAAGGGCUCAAGGCGCAAGUCAAAGAGACAUUCGCGCCCCAGGCCUGACGACGAGGACGAUGCUGUCCUGGUCGAUCCAUAUCAAGCACACCCCACCCCAGAUGUCAUGUCCGGACCCGACGAUAUGGCCUUUGUCGAUGCGCCCCCAAGAGAUCGUCGUCUGAAGCGCUCCAACACAGCCCCGCCGAAGAAACAAGAGUCCGGUGGAUUCAUGGGACUCUUCGACUCUCUAAGAAAAGGCACGCGCCCAGACCGCCCAGAACGCCCAGAGAUGCCCGAAAGACGGAAAUCUCGCUCAUAUCGCGACGAUGACGGACGGUACCCGCCAGAAAUGGAUCGCGACGGGGCUCGCAGAUCACGCCGCGAAGAUCGCCGUCGAGGAUCUGUCCGCCCAGAUACCGAUGCUGAAGGAUUCGUGACUGACGCCGCCGGUGUAGCAGCAGGCGGCGAGAUGGACGAUGAAGCAGAAGCUCGACGCGCAGCACGCCAUGCGCGACGUGGAUCCCGCAAAGCACCUUCCGACUCUCGGGAAAGCGAAGCUCGGGAAGCAGAGGAGCGGCGCGCGAGGCGAAAAGAACGAGCACGCGAACAACGUGCUCGGGAAGAAGAAGAGGAAGAACGACUACGGGAAGAAGACCGGUUGCGAGAAGAAAAGCGGGCUCGACGAGCUGCGCGCGAAGAACGUCGUGCUCGAGAAGAGCAGGCAGCUCGUGAAGCCGAGGCUGAAGCCGCGGCUGAAGCUAGAGCGGCUGAAGCUAGGGCGGCUGAACGUCGCGAGCGUCGGCGAAUGCGUGAAGAGGAGAUGAUGGCCGCGAGAGCGAGCCGACGUCGUGAACGUGAGCAACGGAUUCCAGACGAGGUCUAUCACGAUGAACGUGAGGUGGAUCGUCGCGGGGCUCGUAGCUCUCGCGCGUUUGAAGAACCGAACACUCGUCGUAGGAAGUCUAAGGUCGCUCCUGAGCCAAUUCGGGAACCACUCAUGACUGGUGGAUUGAACCGUGGCGGGGGUCCGAAAGACAAGAUUUCUUCAUGGGUCUAUUCGCAAAGCGAUGAGCCUCCGGAGCCACCUCAAAUCGUCCCCACUCUUAUUGAUCUCCCUCCUCUUGCGGCUGAUGACGGAGGUAAUGCCCAUUCUCUUUCAUCGGACGAGGAAGCCCGUCGCGCUCUUCGCCGUAAGGCCCGGCGCCGUGCUAAGUACGAGGAAGAGAUGGAAGAUGCUCGUUCUCGGCAUCGUGGGUCUCGUCGCGAGGGUGUGAAGAGCAGUUCUGGAAGUGGCGAUUAUGAACGCGAUCGUGGGAUGAGGUCCCACCCAGGGAGUCGACAAGAUGCUCCGCCGCUGAGUUCUGGGGCUAAGAAGCCCAGUUGGUUCCGCAAAUUGACGAACUUGUAA